CGGACGCUUGGGCUUGUGGGGAAGGUGCUCUGUGUUCCUGAGAGGCAGGGAGGUUCAUCAUCUAAGCUCGACACCAUCGAAUCCAAUACCAAUCACUAUCUUCUUAAUAUAUCGAGAGCCUUUUCUUUUGAUGUCUAUAGCGUCGAAAAUUGGAAAAAUGUUCUAAUAUCGAGAAAGUUCUUUGUAAAUUUUAUUAUCAAGCCAUUCUCAAGACUCUGGCACGGAACUUUGUCGUUCGACUCAUCGCCAGAAAUCAUCUCCAAGCUACAGUCGCCGCCAACCUCUUUUCUUGAAGAUUCAUUCAAGACAAACUCAACUACCAGGAGAUUUAACCACAAACUGAUGCUUGUAUAAAAAUCCCGCCACUGGGCUAAUUCUCCUUCAUCAUGGAUCGCCCUGAACCUGGGCUCGUCAAAUGGUCGUCCAACCCUUCAUAUGAUAACUUCAUUCAUAUCAACCUUCAGCACCGCGUUGUUCAGGUCUACGAACCAACUGGUCACGCAAGAGCUGGGAAAUUCGACUAUCAGAAACUCACCCGUCACGAUGACUUCCCUCCCCUCACAACCUACGAUUGGUCGCCAACCAAUCCCGGUCUUCUUGCCGUUGGUACCGGUAGUGGCAUUGUGAAUUUGCUCAGGAUUGACGAUGGAUCUAAUGCGUACGUGGAGCUGGGCCUCAAGAUGUCUCGUACUUGUCAAGCCGUCGCGUUCAACACAACCGGAUUGUUAGCAGUUGGCCUGGACAGAGUGCGAAUGGAUCAAUGUCUUCACAUCUGGGAUGUCAGUCGAUUGUCUUCAAUAGACAAGAACACAAAAGGCUUUCCUUCGGAUGCAACUAAUAUUGCUGAACCGAAAACCCGUCUUGAACCUAGUGUCUCUGUGUCAAGCAUCAAAUUCUUCGAAGACAGCCCCCAAACUCUUGUUGUUGGUAUUAAGGCUCAGGGUCUUCGAAUACAUGACCUUCGAGACCCUUCAAGCAUUGUUACAUUUCAAACAAAGUGCAACAACAAUCUUACGAUCGACUAUGCUGAUCAGAAUUAUUUUGCUUCGUCUGCCCUGGAUCAUCCUGGAGUAAUGAUCUGGGACCGUCGAGCGACAUCUCGACCUGUGGCUUCUCAUGCAUACAUGCAAGCAAUUGAGGAGGAUGAACUCCCGUGGGGUGGAGCAUUGCGUCUUGACCGAGUCAUUGAGACUGAUUCUGACCCUUUCUUGGCUGAGGGAAAGUAUUCCCUUGUUCGAUCACUUCGAUAUUGUCGUGAUCAUCGUGGCUUGCUUGCUGUGCUAUCUCGUACGGGACAACUCAAGGUCUUGAACACCAAUAAAGAGGCCCCAUCCUCUGGGUCUAGCAACCCGGAACUUCUCCAAGUUCAAAAGUCUUAUGAGAUGGACGUCUCAUAUGUCGAAACAUCAAGGAAGAAUGAUCGAAUUGUUGCUUUUGACUGGGUAACAUUGAGCUCACCCGUCCUUCGUCCACGGCUCCUUGUUCUACGAGCCAAUGGGAACUUUGAAAUCCUCGAACAACCAUCGCAAACAUCAGAUCAUGUUUACAAACUUGUACCAUGGAAAGCACCGCAUCGCGGUCUCGAAGAGGGCGCCCCAUACCACGCCAUGAUGCAAUUUGAACCAUCCCAAGCUCCUGAUAUGUUAGGGCCUCUUCUUAUCGAAGAAGCUUUGUCAGAAGUGCCAUUAUUCGGACCAGAGAGUGCAAAUGUUCGGGCAGAUACGGAGGCCUUACUACAGGCAAAUAACAUGACUUCAGUGGUUAUAGAGGACAUUGGGGCAACCACGAGGCGACUGCCUGAUGCCUUUCACAAAGCUUCUACCGUCGCAGCUAAGAUAAGAGCCUUGCGCGCCUUCGUAAGAGAUGAGUUUCAAGCUCCAAAGGGUAUAAAGCCACGUGUUGGUGAUACAAAGAUCGUCGAAAGCGAGACCAGUGAGAUGUCCCUAGCUUCCGAUAGCUUGGGCUCAUGCCGGGAAAUCCACGAUGCAUUGUUGGCUUCACUAGCUGAGGCUGAAGGUCUCCCCCGAGAAGCACAGAACGUACUUGAUCACAAUAUGUUGUUACGUGCUAAAGAGAAAUACCUAUUCGACGCAGUAGCAAACAGAGACAUUGUGGCAGACGACCCGUGGGUAAAAUAUAUAUGGGACUGGGUGGCGACUGCUGAAGAUAAUGCUGAUGACGGAGGCAUGAUACUCUCAAACAUUGACCUCAGCUACGUUGGAGUUCACUCAAUAUGGACAAAUAAUCUUGGCCGUGAUCCUUCUACUCGACUACCUCCUGGCGCAACGCCUCCUGAUCGCACAACAUGGGAACGUACCAUCGCAAGCUUCUGCAAAAAAAAUCUUCUUCCCAAGUUCAGCGGAGCAGAUACCAAGUGGCCAGCGCAUCGUCAGCUAUGCCUCGAAAUAUGCGGUUGGGGUGAUUCUGAAAAGCAUGAUCCAAAAGGCCGCAAUCGAAAGGCAGAUCCUGAGUACCCCACCACCAUUCAUACCAUGGCCGCUGCUCGUGCUUUAUUUACAGGGGAUCAUAAGGAAGCCAUACAGAUCCUUAAGAAAGCCAGCACUGCGCACCCUGAACUCUUGUUUGUGUCUUUGGCCCUACAGCUUAUGGGUAGCGGCGACAGCACGCCUGCCAAGAACAAGGAACAGCUUGAUUUUGAUGAAGCUGUUGCUUCCAAAACCGACCCUUACCUCCGAGCCAUAUCAUCACUGAUUGCUACAGGUGACUGGACGGCUAUAGCCAGCCAGCUAUCUCUUCCCCUUUCUGACCGAGUUUACGUUGCAAUCCGGAACUUUGACGAUGACCAGCUCACACAGUGGCUCAACGAGCAAAUCACCUUGGCGAUAGCAGACGGAGAUAUAGAAGGCAUCGUCCUCACAGGUAUCACAGAACCCAUGGUUGAUAUUUUUGCCCGCUAUAUCCAAAAGUUUCAUGACGUUCAGACAGCGACCCUCGUGCUGUCCAUUUGUGCACCGAGGUACAUAGACGACAUUCGCUGUCGAGCCUGGCGCAACACUUACCGGGCCCAUCUUCAGCGUCAUAAACUCUUCUUCCAGCGCACAAAGUUUGAUGUCGAGUCAACGAAGCGAUCGAAACGGGACGGCAUCCCCAAAUUGAAACCACCUUCCCGCCAAAUUGCCCUCCGCUGUGUUUUCUGCGACGCUGAGACAUCACUCGCGAACAAUGCCAACCAGCCGCCGCAUCUUGGAGGUGCCUCUUCUGCGCAAGCAGCAUCGGCUCUCGAGUCUCGAAAUCCACUUCUCGCAACGAGCAUCAAUGCGGGUGUGAGUUGUCCCAACUGCGGUCGACACCUCCCGCGUUGUGUAGUCUGUCUCGAGAUUGUGGGCGUCCCUCGUUCCGACAAGCCAGAAGAAAAGAGCGAGUCUAAGAUGGCUGGUCAAUUUCCUACGUUUUGUCUCCGCUGCGAACACGUUUUGCAUCUGGACCACGCCCGCCAGUGGUUUGCCAGACACGUUGAGUGCCCUGUACCUGAAUGCCGAUGUCGAUGUAACUUUAGGGCGAACCCUGAAUUGAGUUAUCGUUAGGAUGUUCAUGAUCUAGACAUUUAGAGUCAAAGGAGGUUUGCCCGUCGACCGGGCCAACCGAACUGGGAAUUAUCACCGAACAUCUCAUAUACUGGAUAAGAUCUGCGACACAUAUAC